AUGGACGAAAGAGAUGGACCUUCUCCUGAAGAGACGGUUCUUACUCCGGUCUCAGCGACCGUGGCAAUCAACAAUAUUCCGCCUCUUGAUCUCCUACUAGAUGCGCAGUCGAAAGAGGACUGCAAUCACAUUAUUGCUGAUGAAGUUGCAACUGAGAUUGCCUUAAACGAAGUCACAAAUACCCGACAAAGUGAAUUGCUGGAAUAUCAACUUUCUGCUUCACUCGAUACAGUUGUGGUUGAAUAUGGUGGGACUUCGGGAUCUGACCUUGACUCUACUUCCGAUCUGGAGUUCUCGUCCGACGAUGAGGACUGUGAGCACAAGACAACCGAGGAUUUUAUUCCCAAAGUCACAAACUGCCGCAUCUCCUUUAGCAAGAAUGGUAUUGAUACUUGCGACCUUAGAGCUGGCGACAUGGAUACUACUGAUGCCCAUCAGUCCAGUCACACGAAAAUAGCUUCGCUACCCCUAAAACCCACCGAAACAACUUUUAUCAUCUUUGAGAACGAGUACUUCCAAGUCAAACGAUCGCCACUUGCAGGCUGGGGAGCUUUUGCAGUUCGAGAGCUCAAGGAGGGAGAUCAGAUCCUCGUGGAAAAGCCACUCUUCACAGCUACUAACCUUACACUUUUUGACGGAUUCGCCAGCUUGACCAAACCGCUGCGUGAUGUUGCUUACAGUCUCCACGCCAACAGUAACUUCAAAGAAGGUCAUCCGGUGGAAUUACUGAUCUGGAAGACGAAUGCCUUCUCAACCCCCAACCCCAUGUCAGGCAACUACGACGACGCAGGUCUGUUCCCGAUUGCAUCUCGAUUUAAUCACGCCUGUGAGCCGAUUAACAGCGUCAGAUGGCAUUACAGCUACAUCGACGACAUUCUUGAGAUGACAGUCCAAGCCGAAAGUGUCCAAGUUGGCCAGGAACUUACCAUUUCAUACGAUGCACUGAGUCCAGUGGCACUGUAUGACCGGUAUGGUUUCCAGUGUAGUUGCGGCGGAUGUUCAGGAGUCUCGGACCAGGAAUUGGUAGAGAGGGAGGAGUAUCAGUGGUAUAUCUAA